UUUUGGCUAAUUUAAUUAAAGAAACUCAGUUUUAUGUGUUUGUAUGUGAAUCAAAACUUGUCAUUUUUGCAAAUAGGCAAAAGCAAUUUUUGGAUUAAUUAUCGAAAUCGUAAAAAACGGAAUUUAUCUUGAGCGAUUGUUUGUGUGUAGUUUUUUUUUGGGUUUGAAGAAAUCAUUUUAAGUUCCCAAAAAGUUCAUAAAAAUCCAGUGUCAGUUGUUUUUGAUCUUUCAUUCAGUUUACACUUGUGGUAGAAAAUAAAUUUAAAAUAUUUGAUGCAUUCAUACGUUCAUCGUUAGAAAUUCAAACAUGUGUAAUAAUUUCCAUGUGGCAUUAACAUUCAACGUUUUAUUAAAAUAUAAUUGCGCACUCAUCAUUCGAAUUAAAACAUUCUUGCAUCGCAUUCUAUGACAGUCAAAGCGAUAAAAUUGAUUAUAGUGCUUAAAUUUUGCAAAACAUCUCGCCUGAAAUUCGAAUUAUUUUGAAAUUAAUCGGUUGUGAACGUAGUUUUAAACUAAAAUGGGCCUUGCACCUCGUCAAUGGGUUAUACUUCUAACAUUUUAUAUGACCUAUUUGAUGUUCGGUGCAUGCGUAUUUUAUCACAUUGAACAUAAUGCAGAGACAGAAAGAAGAGCCAAAGAACUGAAGGAUCGUAUUGAGAUUAAUGAAUUGCUUGUUGCAUUUGUAUCGCCCGAUGAUAUUGUAAUACAAAAAGACAUUCUUAACCGUUUGUCCACCUAUUGUAAUAAGCCAGUGACAGAUUACAGAGAAGAUAAGUUCGUUAACCCCUACCAAUGGACAUUUUAUCAUUCCGUCUUUUUUGCGUUCAUAGUUUGUUCGACAUUGGGAUAUGGAAAUAUGGUGCCAACUGGUACUCUUGGACGCUAUGUUAUGAUUGCCUAUGCUCUGAUUGGAAUGCCCGUGAAUAUGAUUUUAUAUACAUAUCUGGGAGAAUUUUUUGGGAAGAAGUUUAUUAAAGUGUACAGGAAAUACAAGGCGUAUAAAUUCGCACAACAUAUGCAUGCGAAUGAAAAUUAUUCACCUCACCGAUGGAGUAUGAUCGCCAAAAUCACAUUAUCGUUAAUUUUACCUGCGUUGAUCAUACUGAUAUUUUUGCCCUCUGUCAUCUUUACUUAUUUCGAGGGAUGGGACUACUCGAUUUCUGUAUAUUAUUCCUUUGUCACACUGCUUACCAUCGGCUUCGGAGACUACGUCCCAACUUUUCAGCCACAUCAAGAGGAAACAUUCGGCAUUUACUUUGUAUUUUAUCAAAUUUUUGUGUUUGUUUGGUUUGUCUUUGGUCUCAGCUACAUUCUCAUGUUAAUUGGAUUCAUUGCACGUGGAAUGCAAAGCAAAAGACUCAGCCGGUUCGAAAAGCAAUUAACUGAAAAUAUAAAAUUAACACAUAAUCGCAUCUGGGGUGGCGUAACUAAAGAUGUUGGCUAUUUACGUAGAAUUCUUAAUGAAAUUUAUAUAAUGCGCGUUCGGCCUGUAUUUUCUGAAACAAACGAUAAAGAGCAACAUAAUUAUCGGCAAACACGUUCGCAAUCGUGCCCAAAUUUAACGGUGUACCGUUGUAAUUCACCUGUUCCACGUCGAAAGAGAGCAAUGUCUGAGAAUUUCUUUGAUGAAGAUGUGAUUACGAGAAAAUUUGACCCGAGACCAUUACAAAGUCGACAUUCAGAAUCGAAUUUAAUGCGCAUUGAUCGUGACAAAACGUUCAAUCCAAAUAAUAUGCUGGAUAACACCAGUGAACUUUUGGCACAGGUUGUGUUCGCUUUGAAUGAUUUCAAUUCAAAUAAAGAAGAUCCAAAUAUACCAGCGCCAUGUGGAGUUGAUUUGUUCUCUGAUGAAAGUAUUCUCGAAGAUGAAUGGUCUGUUGUUACCACGAAUGAUCCGCCACAAUCGCAAAAAAUACCGAAGAAAUUUUUAAGAUCACGUGCAAAAUCGUUGCAUCCGCAAAUUUUGAAAAUAUCCAACAAUAGACCACAAUAUACAUGGUCUGGUAAUAAUAAUGACAUUCAAGAAUUCAUAAAUGAUCAAGUGAAUGAUGAGAAAAGACAAACGGCCAAAAUAAUGCAUAAAAAAGAUACAAACGGUAUUGUUAUAAGUAUAGAAAAACCAAAAGACAACAUAGAUUCGGCCGUGGGUCGUCGCAAAUCCGUGUUUAAUGCAUUUAACAAUAUUUUCAAGCGACGAAAUACCAUAUUCAAUCCAAAUGCAGAAAUUCCACCACAAGAAGACCAACAACAGUCCGUGACACCGUCGGUUAAGAUUUCUCCGCCAGUCGAGAGGAGAAAUUCAAUUAAAAUCGAUACUCUUAAAAAACCACAAUUUAACGGCGAAAUGAAACGACGAAUGAGCAUUUUAUCAAAUCAAUCAGCAUCAUCAGAAAUGGUGCUCGAAACAACAACCAUUGCCGAUUUAAUACGAGCCAUUGAAAGUGCACACACGAAAAAUAUGAUGGGCGCCAAAUAUCUUGCCAAUCGUCGUAUGUCAAUGGUGCCCCAAAUGACACGGCGAAGUUCAGUUUCAUUUUCGACGCCAUUAGAAACGCCACCAUCGGCGGGCUCAAAUUAUCCGUCGAAAUCGUCAUUGGCAGUGCCACGAAAUCGACUGAUGCGUCCAAAUCGUUUUUCCGUCACACCAGUCGGAAGUUCCGAUUCACCAUGUAGCGCGGUAAGUCUUAGUCCAAUCAUACAACGUCGAAUGCGACGAUUUAGCGCAGUGCCAUCAACGACCAUUAUGCCAACACGAAGAUUAAGCUCUUCACUUCAUGCAACACCGCUUGCAUUGAGACGUGCACACUUCAAACCAGCUAUUAGCCCACUUGCAAUGCCAACAACCACAGAAGCACCAACCGAAUCUUUACAGAAAAGUUGUCAAGAAUAAGGAUGGCUGGCAUUGACGAUGAUUCAAAAUCAAUUGAAACCGAAAUAUCGGUUCUAUCAUAAUUUGAAAAAUAAACCAUGUAACAUGUUCAAUUUUAAUUGACUUUAUUUUUUUUGACUCACACUCAUUUUGUCAAUAAUUUCCUAUAUGAAUUAUAAAUAAGAUAAAUUACGUUAAUAAAGAACAAAAAAGAGAUUUGUGUUUUUAGCUUUUAGUUGAUUCUUAUUAACAAAAAAAAACAUAUAACAUUUCUUCUAAAUAAUAACUGCAAUCCGACAUGACAAAUUGAUGAUUGUAAAUGAAUAUGUGUGUUUUUUUAAUUAUUUAUUAAAGGUAGCUACAGCGAGAGAAGUGGAAAAAAAUAAUGUUUUCUUACACCUUAUUAUUAUCAAUGUACUAAUAAAAUGUCUCAAAUCAGAGAAAUUGUGAUAUGAGUUUGGCGUAU